AUGCCGCACAGCACAUUACCGGAACGGACGAGCGUCGACACUUCAGAUCACCAGAACAUGGCGGAAGCAUCACCAAAUCCAGCGGUGGACUCUCAGGCCACCGACAUCACAAUGGCCGAGGGCGAUGCCAGCUCACAGGUGGCAGUCAAGGAAGAGGAGAAGAAAGAAGUCAAGCUCGAUGACCUGUUCGCCGACGUCGACUCGGACGAGGAGUUUCCGAGCUCAAAACCAAAGGAAGAGGAUUAUCUGUCGAGUUCACCCGAGAUUCCAGAUGCUUUAGGGACAAACGACAUAAGCUCCGGCAAGGCGUCAGACCCCGAGGUGAUGCGCAUGUUCUACCAACGCCUCUUCCCCUGGCGGUAUCUGUUCCAGUGGCUCAAUCACCGCCCUACGCCCCAGGAUGACUUCAAGCACCGCGAGUUCGCGUUCACGCUGCAGAAUGACGCAUAUCUGCGUUACCAGUCCUUUGCCACAUCCGACCUCCUGCGCAAGGACGUGCUGCGGCUGCUUCCAUCCCGUUUCGAGAUCGGCCCCGUUUACACGACCAACCCGCGCGAGCGCAAGACGAUGCGCAAUUCGAGUGCCUUCAAGCCGCUCAACAAGGAGCUGUGUUUCGAUAUUGAUUUGACAGAUUACGACGACAUCCGCACGUGCUGCGACAAGGCCAAUAUAUGCAACAAGUGCUGGCAAUUCAUCACGAUGGCUAUUGGCGUGGUCGACACAGCGCUGCGGGACGACUUUGGCUUCAAGCACAUCAUGUGGGUAUACUCGGGCCGUCGUGGUGCUCACGCAUGGGUGUGUGACAAGAAAGCACGAUUGUUAGACGACCAAAAGCGCAGAGGUAUUGCUGGGUAUCUCGAGGUUCUGAGGGGUGGAGCACAGAGUGGAAAAAAAGUCAACUUGAGGCGGCCAUUACAUCCGCAUGUUAGCCGGAGUCUCGACAUCCUCGCACCACAUUUCCAGGCUGAUGUCCUUGAAGCGCAAGAUCCCUGGGCCGACUCAGAUCGCGCGGAGCACCUUCUGUCUCUACUUCCCAACAAGGCUCUCAACGAUAGCUUGCGUAGCAAGUGGGAGGCAUCGCCAGGACGAUCCAGCACCAGCAAAUGGGCCGACAUUGAUGCUGUCGCCAAGUCUGGAACCGUCAAAAACCUGGACUCGAGACAGCUCCUCGAGGCCAAGCAAGAUAUCGUACUAGAGUACACGUAUCCGCGACUCGAUAUCGAGGUUUCAAAGAAGCUUAACCAUUUGCUCAAGAGUCCAUUCGUCGUACACCCAGGAACCGGAAGGGUGUGUGUGCCGAUAGACCUUGAGAGACUGGACGAGUUUGAUCCUCUUGGUGUCCCCACAGUACAAGGCCUGCUCGGAGAGAUCGAUGCAUGGAAGCCGGUCGAGGGUGAGUCAGCGCCCCAAGACUGGGAGAAAACCAGUCUGCGGCCGUAUAUCGAGAAAUUCCGCACGUUUGUGCUGGCUCUCAUGAAGGACGAGCGGGACCCCAAGGUUAAGAGAGAAAGGGAAGACGAAGGGAUGGACUUUUAG